CCUGGCCUAGUAUUACAGACUUGAACUGUAGACAGACUUCACAAAAAGAGGACAUCAGAUAAGUGCUGUUGCCUGUUUUUGCUCACUUUAAUCAUGUGGCUUUAUAAUUUUUUGCUGAGCUUCGACCUAAAGGGAUUUUUCUUAUUCUUUUUAUCAUUCCUUGUGAUUGCUGACUAUCUGAAAAACAAGAAACCAUCAAACUUUCCUCCAGGACCACGGGCUCUUCCCUUUGUAGGAAAUAUCUUGACCUUGGACAGCAGGCAUCCGCACAUUUAUUUCACCAAGUUGGCUGACAUCUAUGGUAGUGUCUUCAGAGUCCGCUUAGGCUGGGAUACAAUGGUGAUUAUAAGCGGAUAUAACAUGGUAAAAGAGGCCAUUGUGAUGCAAGCUGAAAACUUUGUGGACCGACCAUACAAUGCAGUUGCUGACAGGUUUUACUCCGAGCCCUCAGGUGGUCUGUUCUUGAGCAAUGGUGAAAAAUGGAAGAAACAGCGUCGCUUUGCUUUAUCUACAUUACGCAACUUCGGCCUGGGAAAAAACAUACUGGAACAGAGCAUCUGUGAGGAGAUCAGAUACCUGCAGGAGGAAAUAGAGAGUGAGAAAGGUAAACUUUUCAGCCCAGCGGGCCUCUUUAACAAUGCUGUGUCCAACAUUAUUUGCCAGCUUGUUAUGGGGAAAAGAUACGACUACACUGACCACAGGUUUCAGACGAUGUUAAAGUACAUGUCUGAGGUGGUUUGGCUGGAGGGGAGCAUAUGGGGUGAACUCUAUCAGGCAUUCCCCAGCGUGAUGAAAUACUUGCCAGGUCCUCACAACAAGAUCUUCACUAUUUACACCAGCAUACAACAUUUCCUUUAUGAGGAAAUAGAAAAGCACAGGAAGGAUUUGGACCACAACAACCCCAGAGACUACAUUGAUACUUUUCUCAUUGAAAUGGAGAGUCAAAACGAGUCAAACCUGGGCUUCACAGAGUGCAACCUGGCUUUCUGCUCUCUCGACCUCUUCCUGGCUGGAACAGAAACAACAGCCACCACAUUGCUGUGGGCUUUGAUUUUCCUAAUAAAAAACCCAAAUGUCCAAGAGAAAGUCCAUGCAGAGAUUGAUAGAGUCAUUGGACAGUCUCGCCAACCCUCCAUGGCUGACAGACCACACCUGCCUUACACUGAUGCUGUAAUCCAUGAGAUCCAGAGGAUGGGAAACAUUGUUCCUCUGAAUGGACUCAGGGUUGCUGCCAAGGAUACAACUCUUGGUGGUUACCUUAUACCAAAGGGAACAUCAGUGAUGCCCAUGCUGACCUCCGUGCUGUUUGACAAAUCUGAAUGGGAGACUCCAGACACCUUCAAUCCUGGACAUUUCUUGGACGCUGAAGGGAAGUUUGUGAAAAGAGAAGCAUUCCUGCCCUUCUCUGCAGGAAAACGUGUGUGCCUUGGUGAAGGCCUCGCUAAGAUGGAGCUGUUCCUGUUUUUGGUCGCCUUAUUGCAGAAGUUCUCUUUCUCUGUUCCUGAAGGAGUUGAACUGAGUACUGAGGGAAUAACUGGAGCUACGCGUGUUCCUCACCCCUACAAGGUGUUCGCUAAGGCUCGCUACGCUCCGUACAAGAAGAGGAUAACUACAGGCACUGCUCCCAUCGCAGUUCUGCACUCAUUAGCCAUGUGGCUGUAUAAUCUUUUGUUGAGCAUCAAUGUGAAGGGGCUUUUCAUGUUUAUUUUUCUGUGUCUUCUGAUAGCAGACUUCUACAAAAGCAGAAAACCGCCAACAUUUCCGCCAAGACCUAAAGCUCUUCCUUUUGUGGGGAAUUUCUUCAGUUUGGAGAGCAAACAUCCACACAUUUAUUUCCAAAAGUUGGCUGACAUCUAUGGGAACGUCUUCAGCUUCCGCCUCGGCAAGGAGACAGUCAUGUUUUUGAGCGGACACAAGGCUGUGAAAGAGGCAUUAGUGACCCAAGCUGAGAACUUUGUGGACCGACCAUUUGAUGUAAUAGGUGACAGGUUUUUCAAGGAAACCUCAGCUGGUCUCUUUAUGAGCAAUGGAGAAAAAUGGAAGAAGCACCGACGUUUUGCUUUAUCUACCUUACGCAACUUUGGCCUGGGCAAAAACUCACUAGAGCACAGUAUUUGUGAGGAGAUCCGAUACCUGCAGGAGGAAAUGGAAAGGGAAAAAGGUAAACCUUUCAGUCCAGCAGGCCUCUUCAACAAUGUUGUGUCCAACAUCAUUUGUCAGCUGGUUAUGGGGAAAAGAUACAACUACACAGACUACACGAUGCUCAGGUGCAUGUCAGAAGCCAUGUUGCUGGAGGGAAACAUUUGGGGUCAGCUCUACAUGGCAUUUCCUAAUGUGAUGAAGUACAUGCCAGGUCCUCACAACACAAUAUUCAGUCACUUCACCCAUGUAGAAAAGUUCAUUUUUGAGGAAGUAGAGCAGCACAAGAAGGAUCUGGAUCGUGACAAUCCCAGAGACUACAUUGACACUUUCCUCAAUGAAAUGGAGAAGCAGCACAAAGAGUCAGACCGUGGCUUCACAGAGGCCAAUCUGGUUUACUGCUCCAUUGAUCUCUUCCUUGCUGGAACAGAAACAACAGCCACCACACUGCUGUGGGCUUUGGUUUUCCUUGUAAAAUAUCCAGAUGUUCAAGAGAAAGUCCAAGCAGAAAUCGACAGAGUGAUUGGACAGAGCCGCCUGCCCUCCAUGGCCGACAGAUCUAGCAUGCCUUACACUGACGCUGUAAUCCACGAGAUCCAGAGAAUAGGAAAUAUAGUUCCUCUUAAUGGAAUGAGGGUUGCUGCCAAGGAUACUAAUCUGGGGGGUUAUGUUAUACCAAAGGGAACAUCAGUGAUGCCCGUGCUGACCACUGUCCUGUUUGACAAAAUUGAAUGGGAGACUCCAGACACCUUCAAUCCUGGACAUUUCUUGGAUGCUAAAGGGAAGUUUGUGAAAAGAGAAGCAUUCCUGCCCUUCUCUGCAGGAAAACGAGCUUGCCUUGGUGAAAGCCUCGCUAAGAUGGAGCUGUUCCUGUUUUUGGUGGCCUUACUGCAGAAGUUCACCUUCUCUGUUCCUGAAGGAGUUGAACUGAAUACUGAGGGAAUCACUGGAACUACACGAACUCCUCACCAAUACAAGGUGUCGGCUAAGGCUCACUGA